GAUACAGAAGAAAGUCACACAACACUCUGCUCCGUGCUCCGUCCUCGCGCCUUUUCCAUCUUUCUCUGAAACUUCCUCUCUCCGGCGAAGUCGUUACCUUUCCGUCAUCGGCCAGCGCGACCUGUUAACCGGACAUGAGUACGGUUGAUGUGACCAUGGAGGAUAGUAGCGGUGGCGUCCAGCCUAAAGCUCCGUGGAAGGAAAUGGGGCCUGUAGAGAAGGAGGCAUCGGUACAAGAAGAAGUGAAGCGAAUGCUGAGGCUGCCUGCUAACAGUACCUACGUUUCGCACCGAUUGCGGGUUCUCAAUAAGAUUCUGCAGCUUCUCUCCAUUCAGAGAACUACAUCACAAGAACAGGAGUUGGAAUUGCUUUUUGCUGGGCUGUCUCUAUGAACUGAACCUUUCAAGGCAGUGGUCAGUUCCGGUUCAACUUAUUUUGUGGAAUUACAGACCAUAAUCUGGGAUCUAUGUAAUUACAUGUUAGUCUCAUUGUAGUGUUCGUUUCCGACAUGCUGACAGAUGUUUCAUUGCUCGUUCUGUUGUUAAUCUGUAAAGAAUGAGAACUUCUGUAUGUAUGUUUCUGUUAAGACAUGAGACUUUAGUAGCUCAAUAUAAAGUAAAAAGAUGUAUAAUUUU